AACAUUUGAUGCUUGACUCCGUUGCAGUCUGUGUGGCUACACGGCACCAAACGAAAGUGCACGUUAGGCUGCUCAUACUGUAUCGCAAUAUUUUAAAAACCUUGUUUUAUGCGGGCAUUGCCAUUUAUUCUUGGCAUUGGCUAUAUUGAGAAGUCUGUAUUUUACAUGAGCUGUUUUCAUCUGUAGCUGAGUUUAAAUUAAGAUUUUGAUAUUUUAUUACGGAACGUUAGGAGCUAUCGAAGGCAGCUCAGAUUUAACAAUGGCGACAGCUGCGGUAUCUGGCCCUGCAGGCAGCGGCCCCAACCCCGGAUCCGGGGCUGAGUUGGUCCGUGGGCAGGCCUUCGAUGUCGGGCCCCGCUACACUAAUUUGUCUUACAUUGGAGAGGGGGCCUACGGUAUGGUCUGCUCUGCAUUUGACCGGGACGGCAAGGUGCGCGUGGCCAUCAAGAAGAUCAGCCCCUUUGAGCACCAGACCUACUGUCAGCGCACGCUCCGCGAGAUCAAGAUCCUGCUGCGCUUCAAACACGAGAACAUCAUUGGCAUCAACGACAUCAUCCGAGCGCCCAGCAUCGACCAGAUGAAAGAUGUCUACAUAGUACAGGACCUGAUGGAGACGGACCUGUACAAGCUGCUGAAGACGCAGCACCUGAGCAACGACCACAUCUGCUACUUCCUCUACCAGAUCCUCCGAGGGCUCAAGUACAUCCACUCGGCCAACGUGCUCCACCGCGACCUCAAGCCCUCAAACCUGCUCCUCAACACUACCUGCGAUCUGAAGAUCUGUGACUUUGGAUUGGCCCGUGUGGCGGACCCCGACCACGACCACACCGGCUUCCUGACGGAGUACGUGGCCACGCGCUGGUACCGAGCGCCCGAGAUCAUGCUCAACUCAAAGGGCUACACUAAAUCCAUUGACAUCUGGUCCGUGGGUUGCAUCCUGGCUGAGAUGUUGUCCAACAGGCCCAUUUUCCCCGGGAGGCACUACCUGGAUCAACUCAACCACAUCCUAGGAAUCUUAGGGUCUCCGACUCAGGAGGACCUCAACUGUAUCAUCAACAUCAAGGCCAGGAACUACCUGCUGUCCCUCCCCCUGCGCUGCAAGGUGCCCUGGAACCGCCUCUUCCCCAAUGCUGAUCCCAAAGCCUUGGACCUGUUGGAUAAGAUGCUGACGUUCAACCCUCACAAGCGUAUUGAGGUGGAGGAGGCUUUGGCUCAUCCUUACCUGGAGCAGUAUUACGACCCCACAGAUGAGCCUGUUGCUGAAGCCCCUUUCAAGUUUGAGAUGGAACUGGAUGACUUGCCCAAAGAGACACUGAAGGACUUGAUCUUCAAGGAGACGGCUCGGUUCCAGCCCGGCUUCAGGCCCUAAAGUCACCCGUAGAUGUGACGAGCCUGACUGGCUGUGGCUGCUCUCUGCCAGCAACGUCUCCACUGUGUGCCGUUUAUCGUUUUGGUUCAUUUUAUUUCCUUUUUGUUUUAAACGUCUGUGGCAAAGGCCUGUCCUCAACCAACCUCCUGUCUGUCCAUGUCUCAGGAACAGCAUAAGAAAGAUCCCAUUCCCUUUCUCCUCCUCACUCUUAGCAACCCCACCCCCCUUCAUCUUUGAACCUCUCUGCUUCCUUUCUAGUCUAGCGUUUCCUCCUCCCUGCUCCUUUCUUUUUCUCCUGUCUGUCGCAUGCUUACCACUCAUGUCGGGAGACGAGUGCCCUGGUGGUGGACUGGAAGUGUAGGGACACGGCGUGUGACUGAAGCCGAGCUGACGAGUGUUUCAUAUCAGUGGGAAUUUGGACUAUUAUACAAAUCCUGGUCAGGCUCUUCUGUCCUGCAUUUCAGUUUGAAAAAAGGUACUGUAUUGUGAUUGUGCAACGGUUUUGCUCUCAUUAUUAUUAUUAUUAUUAUUAUUAUUAUUAUUAUUAUUAUUAUUAUUUGAUAGAGCUACUGUUCUGGUAAUAUUUCAUUUUACAGAAAGUCUCCUAAAGCGUUUUUUUUUUUCUUCCUCUGUCUCUCCCUGUCAACUGAGGCCAAACUUCUGAUCAGGGAGAGGUUAGAGCUCAGAGAUCUUAUCACAUGUGAUGUAUGCAGUGGUCUGAUGCUCAGUUACAGGGUGCAUGUAACAUGCCCUCUAUGCACUUUUUUGAAGAAAAAAAAACAAAAAAAAUUCUGCAGUUUUUGUCAAGGCUCCAUUCCUGGGCUGGUUUAGUACUUAAGCCCAAACCACUCCCCUGAUCCCAUCCCUGCACAUACCCUUUUAAAGCGUAUUUUGGUACUGACGAGUAAAAUGCGAUCACAGGAAGUGUCGUGCCACACAUAGUGCUGGGACUAUACAAGAUGGCACUGCCAUAUUUUUUGGGAACCACAUGAGUCUGGCCGGAGGCCGUGUGUGGAGCGGGGCCACAGCUCAGGCAGGGCGGCAUCACACUGGGAUAACCUCAGGCACCGGUCCUCGCCAUCUCAACACCGGCACACUGGGCCUCCACAGAGGUACAAAACAAAACAAGACAGGGCUACAGCCAACAGCUUUUAGCGUUGACACUUCGGGUUUUGCAUAGUCGCAAAAGCAAAUCCACAGUCGACAUAGCUUUGGGGAAUAGCUGUAGUUGUGCUACAAUCAACGUGAUGCUUUUGUACUUUAAAAAGUAUGGUGCCUCCUCUCUCUCCCCCUCUCUCUUUUUUUCUCUCGCUCUCUCGCUAUCUCUGUCUAUCUUUCAGCUCUCUCAAGCUCAUUCCCUUCGCCUUGUAACAAAUGAGACUGUGCCCUUGCAUGACUGUUAAAAAGCUUUCUAUACAAAGACUAUGUAAGUGCCACAUCACUGGGAGUUCCACCUGGGAACCUCUGGACUUUUGUUAUUCUAUCUUUGGUGGUCUCACAAGUCCCAUUUAGAAAAUUGUAGAAAAGGGUUCCUUUUUUGUUUUAAAAAAAAAAACACUUAAUUUGUAGUUUUUUCUUUUUCUUUCCCUCAAAUUUGGUUUUGCAUAAUUUAAAAUUGAAUUGAGCCUGUUCAAUACAAAAUGAACAAAGACAGUUUGCUGAGAGAGGAAGUAAAAAUCCUGUGCAAAUGCCCAAAGAAGGAUGGGCUGGCAAUUUUGAACAGGGAAGAAAAAGUCAACGAUGACCAUAUUUGAAGAUCAGCAGAAAUAAAGCAUGGGAUGACACAGGUGGAUUUAUGUAUAUAGCUAUAUCAUGUAAUAAGGCUCUGAGGUCGGGGACAAAAUAAACAAACACAAAAAAAAAACCUAACCUAAAAGCUGAUGCAUCUCGAGUGGUCGGAACAACAUUUCAGCCAAGUCCUGCCUGGCCCCACGGGCAUGGGUGAAUAAUGGACUCUCCCAUAGGUGCAGUCGGCUGUGUUUUACAUUACGGCUCCUCGUGCGGCACUCACUCUUGAUGUCUCACUGGUGUGAACCUAGCAGUUAUCAUGUGUUCAGUGGGGCGUCCUCACCCACGUUAAUAUCUAGUCUCAUGUUCCUCAGUUGUGCCCGGUGGUCCUUGGGGCCAGCUGUGGACAUGCCGUGCUGUGCUGACCCUCGCCCAGGGCCACAGUUUAUUUCUGAAACACUGCAAAACCCUGUAAGAUAGCUUCUGCUGACAUCUGUGUGCAACCUGUCUCUUUUGUGUGCCUUUUAUUCGUCAUGAAUAACAAGAUUUAUUGUGCAGCUUUUUUGUUUUUUUUGUUUUGUUUGUUUUGAGGAUUAAUUGUGAUUUGUUUUCCAAGUAUAUUCUUUAAAGGUAUAUAUUUAAAGUAAAAAAAAAUGACAAACAAAAAUAAUGACACUUAAUCCUCAUGAAUAUUUUCAUUUUAAAUCCUAUUGCCAGCGAAUUGUGAUUCUGUUUAAAAAGUGAAGAUUUUUACUUCUGCUUUUCCCCCUCCCCUCUCUAGACCUGCUUUCUUGGUUUGGAUGUUUUGUGCACACUUUUUUUACUGUAAAAUGAAUGUCAUGUUUCUAUUGAAUAUUAAUCUUGUUCAAAAGUUGUUUCCGUAUAUUAAAUUACUCUUCUGUAAGUAUGUGCAGAUCAGCAGAUCUUUUAUUGUAAGUUUUUACUUACAGACUGAGUCCCUUUUGAAUUUGUGUCUCUUUGGAUGUGCAUUUGGGUUUUUGUGUAAGCACUGGGAUGGGGGGGAAUUGUUUUCAAAGUGAUUAACAUAUUAAAACAUAAUAGAUUAAUUAAAGUCCUGUAUAUCACCUGAAGGAAUUCCCUUACAGAAGAUGCCUCUUUGCUUCUGAUGAAGAUUGCCAUAUUGAAUUACAGAUAAUGAUUUAUUUUGCAACUGUCAAAUCAUGUAACCUAGUAACGGCAGAAUAAAAAAAAACACUAUCCUGUA